AUGGAAAACCCGGAGCCUCCCAACAGUCCAGCUCCCACAGCGGCAGAGGACUGCGGCGAGAUACACGGCAGUGACGCGGGAUCAGGGACCCGCAAGGCCACCGCUUCACACACAUGUUUGGACACGAUCUCUAUGGUGUCGGACCGCCCCGGGAGAGGGCCUCCACUCAAACCGUUCUUACCCUCAGAAUCCCCGGCACUGGUUGGCUCUCCCACCAAGUCUCAAACUGUUACGGGUUUGGGACCAGAGACAGGUAGCACUGAGGCUCCUGGUCUCCACCGCGGUUUAGUUUGGAGCGGGGAGGACGAGUUCAUCCUGGAAGUCACAGCCCAGGUCCGCACACAUUCCUGUCGGCCAGAGACCUGGUCCAGCAGGCCUGUCCUUCGCGCACGUGGAACCAAGAACUGGCCCAACUUCAGCGUCACGGUCCAGAGCAGGUGGAGAUUGACACAGACAGAGAUGGCCCUCACUCUGCUCCUCUGCUGUUUGGCCUCGGCCGCCCUGCUGACCGCACAAGCUACUGCUGACCCAGGAACCCCAGGCUGUGGGGACGGCUGGACUCAGUUUAACUCUCGAUGUUUCAAGCUCUACAAGGAGGCAAAGAGCUGGAUGGAUGGAGAGAAAUCCUGCCACGGUGUUGGUGCAAACCUGGCUUCCAUCCACAGUAAGGAGGAGAACGAGUUCGUUGUGACCUUGAUCAUUAAAGACACAGGAGGUUAUGCUAUGACCUGGCUCGGAGGAACUGACGCUGUCGAGGAUAAGAAAUGGCUUUGGAGCGAUGGAACGCCCUGGGACUAUGAGAACUGGUAUUCCGGUCAACCAGAUAAUCACAAAGAAGUUGAACACAGUCUGUCGAUCAACCACGGUGCAAAGACCUGGGCGGACGACAACAAGGCCAAUUGUUGGUACUUCAUGUGCUCCAAAGAUGUUCCUCCAACUCCUCCCAAACUGAUGCCCGUGUCGCUGACUCUGGAGGGCUUCGUCUGCAAAUGCAUCCCAGAGAAGUGA